AUGCGCUACGUGCUGUGUAUCCUCGCUCUCCUGCUCUCAUGUGCGUGUGUGCACGUCCUCGCUGAAGAAGUGCCUGCCGCCGAUCUUUCCGACCAAGUCCCUGAUACGGAGAGUGAGACGAAGAUUCUUCUUCAAGGUACUUGUUCUGAUGGUACUUCUAAAGUUGAUAACUCUUCUUGCUCAACUAAUCCCACUACAAAGGAACUGGUUUCUGGUGAAGCUGAUUCUGGUCUACAUGGAAAAUCUAAAGAUACAAGUGAGAAGGCAAAAAAAGAAUGUGCUACUAAAGGAGAAAAACAAAACUGCAAAGAACAAGCAGAGGUGGGGAAUCUGGCACAACAUGAUGAUGCAGGAGAAGAAGACACUGAAGGUCUUACUGUUACAGAACCUAAGGAACCAAACGAGGGUGAUCCUGGGAUAGACGAACAGCUUUCUACUCCCAAAAAACCUGAAGAAAAGGAGCCUGUAGGUCACGUUCGUGAUAGAGCUGGUGCUCCUGCUGGUCCUACUGGUGAUGGUGAUAUUCCAGCACCUGCCGAAUCUGUUAAACCUGGAGGCAGUGAUGUU